GGGGCCGGCCUCGGCGCUGACGGGAGCGGCGGAGGCGCAGUACGUGGCGGCGCCUCCCCCCUUGGCCCGGAGCGGAACAGCCGGAGGAGCGGCGGCUCAGGCCCGACGGGGUGAACCGGGUCACUUAACUGCCUUCUGCCGAUGAAUCAUCUGCAUCAUCAUCUUCAUCAUCAUCGCCUUUGAGGUUCCCCGUCUGCCGAACGGUGGAUGACUGGUUAGUGCGCUCGGAGAGGGCGGUGGGGGGCGUCCGGUGGCGGCGGGCCCCCAGGAGGAGAGCGAGCUCCCCCGUGCUCGUAGCCGUCUCGUCCUUUUCUCGGGCCAGCGAUCGUGGUGCCCAGGGGAAGGCUUGCACAUGAAAGUGUCCCUCGGUAACGGAGAAAUGGGCGUCUCCUCCCAUCUGCAGCCUUGCAAGGCCGGAACCACCCGCUUCUUUACCAGCAACACUCACAGCUCGGUGGUGUUGCAAGGGUUUGAUCAGCUUAGAAUCGAGGGCUUGCUCUGCGACGUGACCCUCGUGCCAGGGGAUGGAGAUGAGAUCUUCCCCGUUCACAGAGCAAUGAUGGCGUCCGCCAGCGACUAUUUCAAGGCCAUGUUCACAGGUGGGAUGAAAGAGCAAGAUCUGAUGUGCAUUAAGCUCCACGGGGUGAACAAGGUUGGCCUGAAGAAGAUUAUUGAUUUCAUUUAUACCGCAAAGCUGUCUCUGAACAUGGACAAUCUGCAGGAUACUCUGGAAGCUGCUAGCUUUUUGCAAAUUUUGCCGGUUUUGGACUUCUGUAAAGUAUUUCUCAUAUCCGGGGUGUCGCUAGAUAACUGCGUUGAAGUUGGACGAAUCGCCAACACCUACAACCUUAUAGAAGUGGAUAAAUACGUCAAUAGUUUUAUCCUGAAGAAUUUCCCUGCGUUGUUGAGCACCGGGGAGUUUCUGAAGCUCCCCUUUGAACGGCUUGCCUUUGUGCUUUCCAGUAAUAGCCUAAAGCACUGCAGUGAACUUGAACUCUUUAAGGCGGCCUGUCGCUGGCUGAGGCUGGAAGACCCGCGCAUGGAUUAUGCUGCAAAAUUAAUGAAGAAUAUUCGAUUUCCACUGAUGACCCCGCAGGACCUUAUCAAUUAUGUGCAGACAGUAGAUUUCAUGAGAACGGACAAUACCUGUGUGAAUUUGCUUUUGGAAGCUAGCAAUUACCAAAUGAUGCCAUAUAUGCAGCCAGUGAUGCAGUCAGACAGAACUGCAAUUCGGUCUGACUCAACUCACUUGGUUACAUUAGGAGGAGUUUUGAGGCAGCAGCUUGUUGUCAGUAAAGAAUUAAGGAUGUAUGAUGAAAGGGCCCGAGAGUGGAGAUCUUUAGCUCCCAUGGAUGCCCCUCGUUACCAGCAUGGCAUUGCUGUUAUUGGAAACUUCCUUUAUGUGGUCGGUGGACAAAGUAAUUAUGAUACCAAAGGAAAGACUGCCGUUGAUACAGUUUUCCGAUUUGAUCCUCGGUAUAAUAAAUGGAUGCAGGUUGCGUCCUUAAAUGAGAAGCGCACAUUCUUUCACUUGAGUGCUCUCAAAGGACAUUUGUAUGCAGUUGGUGGUCGCAGUGCAGCUGGGGAACUGGCAACUGUUGAAUGUUACAACCCAAGAAUGAAUGAGUGGAGCUAUGUUGCAAAAAUGAGUGAACCCCACUAUGGUCAUGCUGGAACAGUGUAUGGGGGCUUAAUGUAUAUUUCAGGAGGAAUUACUCAUGACACUUUCCAAAAUGAACUCAUGUGCUUUGACCCAGAUACAGACAAAUGGACACAGAAGGCUCCCAUGACUACAGUCAGAGGGCUGCAUUGUAUGUGCACAGUUGGAGACAAGCUCUAUGUCAUUGGUGGCAAUCACUUCAGAGGAACAAGUGAUUAUGAUGAUGUUCUAAGCUGUGAAUACUAUUCACCAACCCUUGACCAGUGGACACCAAUUGCUGCUAUGUUAAGAGGUCAGAGUGAUGUUGGAGUUGCUGUCUUUGAGAAUAAAAUCUAUGUUGUAGGUGGAUAUUCUUGGAAUAAUCGCUGUAUGGUAGAAAUUGUCCAGAAAUAUGACCCAGAAAAGGAUGAAUGGCAUAAAGUUUUUGACCUUCCAGAAUCUCUUGGAGGUAUUCGAGCUUGUACGCUAACAGUUUUCCCACCUGAAGAAAACCCUGGAUCACCUUCAAGAGAAUCGCCUCUUUCAGCACCUUCAGAUCAUUCUUAGGACUGAAGUGUAAUAUGUUUGCUGUGCAUUGUGGAUGAUCUCGAAUUUUCCCUUGAGUUAUGUCUUCUUAGAACAGUCAUUAGGUAAAAAGGUAGCAUACUGUGUGUUUAUUAGACGGUUAUUAACUAUUCUGAAAAUGUAUUGGCUAUAACCAGCUAUUCUGACAAAUGUUAAAAACGUAGAAAAAUGUUAGUUGUCUUUUUGUGGUGAUGUGUCAAAUUGUAGUUGAUUGUAAUGUCUAAUUAUGGUCAUUGUGCUUCAAAGUUGGAAUUUUUUAUCUUUGACUGUAAAAUAUCAAAAGGAAACUAUAUGUUCCAACCUAAAAUGUAAACAAAAGGUUGCCAAGUGUUAGCCACCUUCAUUUAUUCAUAGAGUUUUUAAUAUAGCUGCCAAUUCACCAGAUUGUGUGAGUACAUUCAAAAUAUGCGAAGUUUCUUAGGGAAACAGGAGAAAUAAUACAUUUUAAAAAUACUAACUUAAAAAAAUAGUUCAGCUUAAGGUCAGGAUUUCUUGUUUGUAGGGAAAGGAAGAGGAAACAUUUACACACAUACACAUAUAUGUGUAUCCAUUCAUACUUGCAUAUGAAAUUUUUAAUUGGCAUUUUAGGUAUAGUGAAAUUUAAAAAAAAAUUAAAAUUGUUCCCUUCUGCUUAGCAGCUAUUUCUAUUUAAAUGGAAUCCAGUACCAGAGAAUAAAUGUAUCGUUACACUGAGUUGAGAUAGAUAAGGUUACAAUAUAUUGACAGUCAAAUUUGUCAUUUGACUAAAUUGUUUCAAUGCAGCAUUACUUUUUCUGCUUGCAUAAUGUUUUCUAUAGUGUUUUUAUACCAGUUAGCAAAAUUCAGGCUUUAGAAUAAUGCUCUUAGCUCAGUUAAAAUAGACUGUGCUGUUUUCUGUCUUUUUGUGAGAUAAAACCAUGGCAUGGGGGGAAAAAAAGCAAAGAACACUGAACAGAUACAGGAUUUUAAGUUUCAUCUCCCAUAUUAGCCAUCCUAACAUAAUUUGUGUUUUGGGUGGUUGCUCUGGUGCUCACUCCCUGUGUAUCCUAUGCUUUAUGUGAUCUGCUUCAAGGCUGUAAACAAGCUGGAGAUAUAUUCUGUCCUGUAUUAAUCUGAAAAAUGUUUAUUUGACCUUGUCUAAAGUAUAGGACCAACUUUAGAUUCUUUAGGAAGCAGCUACAGAAGGCCUAGGAUGCUGCUCACAGGCAAGCAGUACUAGAGAAAAACACAUAGGGAGAUCUUAAUGGGAUCAUUUCAGCUAGGGAACUAAUAGAUGUCCUCUAGACAGUGAGUGAUCAUUUCAGCUAGAGAACUAAUAGAUGUCCUCUAGACAGUGAGUGUUUCCUAGAAUAAUUUUUUUACCUAAAAGAAUUACAUAUAUACUUUUCCAUGUGUAUUUAUGCACGUGUAUAUCCUUACACUAGGAAGAUUGUCAGAGUGUAAGGAACAACCUCUGUAUUGACAAUACCAUACAUAAUAAACUGAUAAACCAAGGGAAACAGAAUUGGUUUCCAAAAAAUUUGACCCUUACUGCCCAUACAAGUGUUGAUUCAUUUUAAUGCUUCCCUACUAAUUUCUGUGUAGAUAUUUUUGUGCUUCCUAUUUUUUUGUUGUUGUUGGUUUUUAGUGACACUCCAUUUUUUUUUUUAUUACAAAAAAGCACUUUGGGUGCAUUUAGAAAAUAGAAAAGUAGAAAUUGCUGUGAACUUUGUGCAUUGAAUAAGACGUGUAUCCCAAUGUUUCAUUCCUUGACUAUUAAUAAGGUUAAAUAUUGUAUUUAAUACUGUGUUUUCCUUGAUCAAAAGUGCAUGUCCUUUGCCCUUGUAAUACCUAUUGGUGUUGCUCUGUUUUUCAUACCGUUAUAGGAUCUGUUUGUGUAAUAAAAAGUUUUACUGGUA